GGGAGGGGAGGGCGCCGGGGCAGCAGUGCGUGCGCUCCUCCCGGCGCCACAAGCUCGCCCCGCGCAGCCCUAGCCGGGCUGGGCGCUGUCCUCGGGGGCCUGGGGAACCGCGCGGUUUGGAGAUCGGAGGCACCUGAAACCCGUGGCAAGCGCCGAGCCGGGAGACAGCCCGAGGAACCACGGGGUCUGGAGCCAGGAGCCGGAAGCUGGGAGUCCGGAGGAGCGCGGAGCCCGGAGCCCGGAGCGCGGAGCCCGGAGCCCGGAGCCCGGAGCCUGGAGCCCGGAGCGGCGCGUCUGGGUCUGGCGCUUCCCGACUGGACGGCGCGCCCGCUGGUCUUCGCCACGCGCCCUCCCCUGGGCUCCAGUUCAUCGGUCCUCGCCUGAGACGCGCCCACUCCCGCCCGGACUUCCAGCCCCGGAGGCGCCGGACAGAGCCGCGGACUCCAGCGCCCACCAUGCGCCUCAACAGCUCCGCGCCGGGAACCCCGGGCACGCCGACCGCCGACCCCUUCCAGCGGGCGCAGGCCGGACUGGAGGCGGCGCUGCUGGCCCCGGGCUUCGGCAACGCUUCGGGCAACGCGUCGGAGCGCGUCCUGGCGGCACCCAGCAGCGAGCUGGACGUGAACACCGACAUCUACUCCAAGGUGCUGGUGACCGCCGUGUACCUGGCGCUCUUCGUGGUGGGCACGGUGGGCAACACGGUGACGGCGUUCACGCUGGCGCGGAAGAAGUCGCUGCAGAGCCUGCAGAGCACGGUGCAUUAUCACUUGGGCAGCCUGGCGCUGUCCGACCUGCUCACCCUGCUGCUGGCCAUGCCCGUGGAGCUGUACAACUUCAUCUGGGUGCACCACCCCUGGGCCUUCGGUGACGCCGGCUGCCGCGGCUACUACUUCCUGCGCGACGCCUGCACCUAUGCCACGGCCCUCAACGUGGCCAGCCUGAGUGUGGAGCGCUACCUGGCCAUCUGCCACCCCUUCAAGGCCAAGACCCUCAUGUCCCGAAGCCGCACCAAGAAGUUCAUCAGCGCCAUCUGGCUCGCCUCGGCCCUGCUGGCGGUGCCUAUGCUGUUUACCAUGGGCGAGCAGAACCGCAGCGCCGACGGCCAGCACGCCGGCGGCCUGGUGUGCACCCCCACCAUCCACACCGCCACCGUCAAGGUCGUCAUACAGAUCAACACCUUCAUGUCCUUCAUAUUCCCCAUGGUGGCCAUCUCAGUCCUGAACACCGUCAUCGCCAACAAGCUGACGGUCAUGGUACGCCAGGCGGCCGAGCAGGGCCAGGUGUGCACGGUCGGGGGCGAGCACAGCACAUUCAGCAUGGCCAUCGAGCCCGGCAGGGUCCAGGCCCUGCGGCACGGCGUGCGCGUCCUACGUGCAGUGGUCAUCGCCUUUGUGGUCUGCUGGCUGCCCUACCAUGUGCGGCGCCUCAUGUUCUGCUACAUUUCGGAUGAGCAGUGGACUCCGUUCCUCUAUGACUUCUAUCACUACUUCUAUAUGGUGACCAACGUGCUCUUCUACGUCAGCUCCGCCAUCAACCCCAUCCUGUACAACCUCGUCUCCGCCAACUUCCGCCACAUCUUCCUGGCCACACUGGCCUGCCUCUGCCCUGUGUGGCGGCGCAGGAGGAAGAGGCCAGCCUUCUCGAGGAAGGCCAACAGCGUGUCCAGCAACCACACCCUCUCCAGCAAUGCCACCCGCGAGACGCUGUACUAGGCUCUGCGCCCCGGAGCGUGUCCAGGAGGAGCCUGGCCGUGGGUCCUUGCCCCCCACAGACAGAGCAGCCCCCACCCGGGAGCUCUGAUGGUCGGGCAGAGGCCAGCCUGUGCUGGAGUCUGAGGCCUGGGACCCCCCUCCCACCCCCCAACCCCUGUUUCUCAUCAGUGUCUCCCGGGCCUGUCCCCAACUCCUCCCCACCCCUCCCCAUCUCCUCUUUGAAAGCCAGAACAAGAGAGCGCUCCUCUCCCAGAUGGGAAAAGGGCCUCUAACAAGGAGAAAUUAGUGUGCAGCAAAAGGCAGUUUUCUUUGUUCUCUGACUAAUGGAUGGUUCCAGAGAAGGAAAUGAAAGGUGCUGGGUGGGGCCGGGCCUCGGGUGGCCGGGCUGCUGUUCCCAUGUCCACAUCUCUGAGGCCUGCACCCACUCUGUCUAGCUCGGGGAGUCCAGCCCCAGUCCCGCACGCUCUGUGGCUUUGGGCCUCACGUGCAGACCCUGCCAUGCAGACCCACGCCCCCCUCCCUCAGGCAGUUCCAAGAAAGCUCCCUGACUCGCCCCUUCAGGCCUGGCAAUCUGGGGGCCCACUGCCAUGAGGGGUCCCUCCCACCACCCUCGCCGCAGGCAGCUGCGGCCCCCAGAGGGGACCACAAGCCCAAAAAGGACAAAAAUGGGCUGGCCUGGAAUCGCCCAGACCCCAGCCUCCCCUCCUCCCUCCCAUCCUCACCCAGGACAAGGCCCAGGGGCUCUGCCAGGACACCACAUGGGAGGAGGCUCAGGCCUCAGCCUCAGGAUCUUCAGCCGUGGCCUCUCGGGCUCGGCAGAAGGGACGCCGGAUCAGGGGCCUGGUCUCCCGCACCUGCCCAGGUGGCCGUGGCCAGGAUGGGGUGCACAUUCCGUGUGCUUUGCUUGUGGCUGUGCAGGCUGAGGUCUGGCAGCCAGGCCCAGAGCUGGCUUCAGGGUGGGGCCUUGAGAAGGGGAAUGUGGAACAGGGGCGAUGGAGCCUGGUCCCUGAGUAAGAUGCCAGUUCCAGGAACUCAGGCUUCAGGUGAGAAGGAGCGGUGUGUCCAGGCACCGCUGGCCAGCAGCCCUGGGCUGAGGCACAGACUCAUUUGUCACCCUCUGGUGGCGGCAGCCCUGGCCCCAGCCUCCAAGCAGUUGAAAAAGCUGGCGUCUCCUUGGUCUCUAGGAUCCAGGCGCCACAGAGCACACGACUGGCCAGGCCCCUGGCUUAAGAAGGUCGCCUGAGCCUGAGAGAAGACAGUCCCAGGAGAAGCUGGCCGGGACCAGCCAGGAACUGGGAGCCACAGGAAGCAAAAUUCAGCCUUUUCUUCAAGGGAUUUCCUUGUCUCAGAGCAGCCUUUGCCCUGGGGAAAUGGGCUCUGGGCUGGCUGCCUGCACCGGCCACGUCGACCCGGGACCCGGACACCUGGUCUUGGGCUGUGUUCAGCCACUUUGCCUUCUCCGGACUCGGUUUCCCCAUCUGUGAAAUGAGAGUCGAAUGCUACAGUAUCUGCAGUCACUUGGAUCUGGCUGUUGAGUUGACGGGUUCCUUGAACCCCACAAAAUCCCUCUCCAACCACAGGGCCCUUCGGCUCACCAAGAACGGGGCCCAGGGGAGUCAGGCCCAUUUGCUGCACUUCCUGCCAAACUUUGCCUCCCACAAGCCUGGUCAUCAGCCAGGCAGCCCUCCCAGCGCCCAAGGGCCACCAACCCCAGGGAAACAGGGCCAGCACAGAGGGGCCUUCUUCCCCCACAGAGCUCCCAUGAGAAGCUUUGCUGCCCACAGAGCUCCCCACAGAGAAGCUUUGCUGCCAGCCAGGGAUGUCCAGAGGUCAGUGCAGCCCCUACCCCUGCUCAGGAGUGGGCUCAGAGUUUAGCAAAUGCUGAGGCCCCUCAGGCUGGGCUCUGAAUGAGGACCUGAACUGAACUCAGAGCCAGACAGGGCAGCCUCAGAUCCUUCUCUGCGGCUCCUGGACCUUGGGCCAUAAUUUCUGAGCCUCGGUUUCCCCAUCUAAGAAACAGAUGUGGUCGUUCCACCCUUGCAGCUGGAUGGGACUGUCCUGGAGGACCCACCCCGGAACAGACAGAAUGAUGUCUCUCAGGAUGGUGCUCUGAGAGAGGGGAGUGGAUGCCCCACUGCCCCAGACCCUCGGUAGACACGAGGUCUCCGGGGUGGGGUCUGUGGCUGUGACUGAAGUCGGCUUUUCCUGUUGAUGUCUUGAUGCUUCUAUCUGUGCACUUACUGUAGGUAGGGACACGUGUCCACGCACCACAGACACACCCACGACACCUGAUCUCGUAUCACUAGCUCGCAGGCAGGUCAUGAUGUGACCCCGGAAGCCAGCCCUGCGUGCCAUGAGUGCAUCGGUCAUGGAGUCCGGAGCCCCUAAGUCGGCCCCCGGUGACGGCGCAGCCCUCACAGCUCAAACGCCCGCCUCCACUCCCAUCAUCUGCAGUUGGUGAAAACAAACCCCGUGUAUCUCUCAAUAAAGGUGGCCGAAGGGCCCUCG